AUGGACAUUCCACCCGCACUAGUUAAUCCCAAAAAUUUAUUGAAACACGGAAUCGAGAGUCUCAAUGCGCAAGUUGAAGGUAUCACCGCAUUGAUCAGGUCUCAACAAGAAUUAAAAGAAUUUGAACUUGGAUAUACCGAAAUAGGAUUAAGUGAUAUCAUUUCCGCAUUAAUCACCCAGGCAAAUUCUUUACGGAGUAUAAUAUUUUUCAAAGUUAAUUUCAAGAAUUGGAGACCACUUAUUAGGUUGGUUGAAUUUGUGAAUUUAGAAGAACUUUUACUAAAUUCAUGCUAUUAUUUGCCAACUUGUGCUGCAAGUUUAUCAACUGGUAUUGAAGAUAUGACGGAUGUUCAUGAAUUUGAGUCUAAGAUUGAAAAACUAGAAAUUUCAUCUGCGCCAUGCGGAGCAAUUGAAUCUAUUUUGCGUAGAGCAAAUGUUGGUUUAAAAGAAUUGGUCAUUUCCAAUAUUUCCAUACCACCUUCUACACUUAAUACAUCAAUUUCUCCGGGGUCAACGUCAUCUCUUCAACAACAGCAACAGCAAACGGUAGCGACUACACUUCCACCCAAUCAAGUUUUACAGACCAUCUCACAAUAUUGUCCGAACUUAACAUUGGCAAAAAUUUACGUUGAUGCCAAUUCAUUACCAUAUUUACAUACACUCUUUUUUUCAUGUCCAAAAAUACGAACUCUAACAAUAUUUGGACCACGACAUCCUGAAAUAAAUGUAAAUAAUGUACUUCGAAAAUCGAGUUUAGUUAAUUUAAAUUAUUUGGAAAAUUUAUCCAUACAUUCAUGUUGGACAUACACACCUGAAAGUUUAGAUUUAUUUUUAAGUAAUCCUACAUUAAAGUUGAAAAAAUUGGAAAUUUUAUGGAGCGGGUGUUUUGGAAACGAACAUUUAGACGUUGUUUUGAAAAGAUUAUGUUUAAGAGGGAAUGACAUGAGAAGAGAGAGUGGGGAAGGUAUAAUGCGCGGGGUAGAUCGGCAGAGAACUAGAGGCAGUCUAAUUGUCAAAAGAAAUAAUGGAUUGGAAUUAUUACAUAUACAAACACAACAAAUAUUAAAAUAUGAAAGAACCGAAAUUAAAAAAUUAAUUAAAAACUUUAAGGUUGGUAAAUGGUAG